AUGGAUCGAGGCGAUACGAAGCCCCCGGAAAAGUCAACGAUCCUCAAAAAAUGCCCCAAACUUGCCACGCGACUGGACAAGAAACACAUCUUCUCCAAACCACUCGACACUGUCGAUAUCGAAAACUACCCGUUCUCAGUUGGGCACAUAAUCAUUCAUUAUCUGAUCACCGAUAAGUAUCAGUGCAUCAAACCCGAAGGACAAACGGAAGACGAUCGAAGCUGCUCAGAGUUUGCAACGGCCUUUCGUGCUCAUGCUGCCGCUGUCGAUCUGGAGCUCCCAAGUCUUCAACUCUUCGCAUCUUCUGAGAUGGGGAGACUAGAAUGGAAAAUGAAGAAUGUUGCUAUGGUGCUGGUCAAAUGCUUCCUUCAGUCCAAAGGCAUUGGGUUUACUCAAAACCACACCAACGAGACUGGCUUGGGGGAUGAGAAAGCCUUAGAUACAAGUCAGCUCGCGCAGGAAGAACGUGAGCUUCUGACAAUACUACAGACUUUCGAUAAGGAGAGCUCUCAGAUAAAUCAAACGACUUUUGAGACUGGCGUUCGACAGAAGAUGGCCAGGGAAACACUCGCCAGGGCCAUUCUUGAGACUUGGGAAGCCGGUGGUGGAAGCCUAUCGUCUCUACAACACGCUCGUCUUCAAGAACUCCAAAACGUUUCUGCCAAGCUUUCCGAAGACCUGCAAACUUGCAGAACGGAUUUGGCAGCCUCAAAAAAGCGCUCGCAGGAGUUGAGAAUAGAAGGAAAGGCUCUUGUGGAGAGGUUGACCUUGGAGCACGAGAUACAAAGCAUUCUUGAACACCAAAGGCGACAAAAUGGAUUCUUAUAUCUGAGUGACCGACUUCGAUUGAGGUCUGCGCAGGCUCGUAGCAACGAUCUCAGUGCGGCGGUUUCUGUUGAUCCUCUGGUCAAUCCGAAUGCCAAAGGCCCCAAGCUGAUUAGUCCUGACCAGAAAGACGAGGACCAGUCUGAUGAUGGUGAGUGA